UUUCCAAAUAUUGCGCAUCACUACGGCGGAAGAGAGGAAAUGGCUCAGAGUGUCGACGAAGAAUGCUUACUGGAUAGCAUAUUAGCUUCUCUCGAAGAUAUCGGCUACACGGGAGCCCUGGUAGAGGAGGGGAAGAUGAAGGCGGCGAUCGAAGAGGGGCUGGCGUCUGCGGCGUUCGUGGAGCUGGUGGUGACCGUAUGCAGCGAGCUCAAGAAACGGAACCAAAUGCAGGAGACAGUAAACAAACCCGCAGGAUUGGCGGAUGCAGAGUCGUUUCAGUUGGAGAUGCGGGGGUUUCUGCAGGAGCUGUGCUGUCCCAACACAGAGCUCACGACCUCUCUCACCUCUAACUCCGCCAGACUCCAGCUAGUCGACUACCUACUGUCUGAGCUGAUGACAGCCCGUCUGAUAGACCUGCAGAAGAGCCAACAAGACCCCGAGCCAAUGGAGACUGACCACCAGGAGCCAUCGUACAGUGUACCGGCAAACCUGACUGCGAUUCUCAAGGCCUAUGGUCUGAGCACACCGCCUGCCCAUGUCACCCCCCACCAGUUUUUCGGCAAACUCAUCUCAAAAACGAAAGAGGUAGUGGCGAUUGCUCCAGAGGGCUCCAUUGGCCCGGGACUAGUGACCCAACCACUCACCAUGGAACAGUGGGCAUCGCUGGACAAGGUGAACGAGGCACUAACGAAGGAGUACUCCGUCCGAAGGCAGAUGCUGCUCACCAGGUGUGACGUCACCGUCCAGUCGUUUCGCUGGAGCGAGAGGGCAAAGGGCAAAGAGGAGGAGAUGACAGGAAUCCUGAAGUCACUCCGCGAGCCGCUGAGCCCCACGGCUUACGUGAGCAUCGCGAGAGUUCUGGCUGCCAAGUCAGAUCUGCUGAGCGUCCGGAGAACUAACACUGGGAGAGAGAGAGCCGUCGCCAAAUGCGACAUCAACAAAGUCCUCAUUGGAAAGGUCCCGGACAGAGGAGGGAGGCCACAGGAGACCAGACCUCCUCCCGAGAUGCCGUCAUUCAAACAGAGAACGGAGCCUCCUCAGGACCAGCGAGGGGGAGGAGGAAGGGGCGGAGGAAGGGGAGGGAGAGGGAGAGUGCAGGGAGGUGAGAGAAAGUACUGUGUAUCUUACACCGUGUGAACCUAAAACUUUAGAACCAGUGUCUCUCUCUAAGAUACUAUUGUGUUUGAAGAAAUGAACUACCAAUUGGCAAAAAAUAGCAUCCUUUGUUUGAAGGUACCGUUAUUAACAAAAUAUGCAGCCAAAUUUAGCAUGUUUAUGCAUUUUGGCAAUUCUCAA